AUGUAGGCAAAGUAUGAUAUAUAUUUUGCUGUCGGCCAUACUAAGGUGAAAACACCGGAUCCCAUUCGAACUCCGAAGUUAAGCGCCUUAAGGCUGGGUUAGUACUAAGGUGGGGGACCGCUUGGGAAGUCCCAGUGUCGACAACCUUUGUUUUUUUGCACAUAAAAUGAUUACAUUUUAAAAUAUCAAUUUUAUUCACAACUAAAAAUGGUUUAUAAUUUAGAAUUAAUAAAAGCUAUGAAAUAUGAAAAGUAAAUUUUGCGGUAGGAUGACAAAGAAGAAAAUAUGACGAUAGAGAAAGUUUUAAAUGAAAUUAAGAAUUAUGAUUUCUAGAAGAAUUAAAGAUUAUGUGUCAAAAUUUAGAUAAAAGCAGAUAAAGAAUUUGUUUUUAAAUUGAUAGAGCAAAUGGAAGAAAUUUUCUUAGAGUGA